CGCACGCGCGGAGUUUCGCACGCGGGCAGGGCGGGUGCGCGCCGCGGGCAUGCGCCAUCCAGGGAGAGACGGCGGCUCGGCGGGGUCAUCCGGGCGCAGGCGCAGUGCGGUGUUUGUCUGCCGGACUGACGGGCGGCCCGGCAGUGCGCGGCGGCGGCGGCGGCGGCGGGGAAGAUGGCGGCGUCCUCCCUGGAGCAAAAGCUGUCCCGCCUGGAAGCAAAGCUGAAGCAGGAGAACCGCGAGGCCCGGAGGAGGAUCGACCUCAACCUGGAUAUCAGCCCCCAGCGGCCCAGGCCCAUUAUUGUGAUCACUCUAAGCCCUGCUCCUGCCCCGUCCCAGCGAGCAGCCCUGCAGCUCCCGCUGGCCAACGAUGGGGGCAGCCGCUCACCGUCCUCAGAGAGCUCCCCGCAGCACCCCACGCCCCCUGCCCGACCCCGCCACAUGCUGGGGCUCCCGUCAACCUUGUUCACACCACGCAGCAUGGAGAGCAUCGAGAUUGACCAGAAGCUGCAGGAGAUCAUGAAGCAGACGGGCUACCUGACCAUUGGGGGCCAGCGCUAUCAGGCAGAGAUCAACGACCUAGAGAACCUGGGCGAGAUGGGCAGUGGCACCUGCGGCCAGGUGUGGAAGAUGCGUUUCCGGAAGACAGGCCACAUUAUUGCUGUCAAGCAAAUGCGACGAUCGGGAAACAAGGAAGAGAACAAGCGCAUCCUUAUGGACCUGGACGUGGUGCUCAAGAGCCACGACUGCCCCUACAUUGUGCAGUGCUUCGGCACCUUCAUCACCAAUACAGAUGUCUUCAUCGCCAUGGAGCUUAUGGGCACAUGUGCCGAGAAGCUUAAGAAGCGGAUGCAGGGCCCCAUCCCUGAGCGGAUCCUGGGCAAGAUGACAGUGGCGAUCGUAAAGGCACUGUUCUACCUGAAGGAGAAGCAUGGCGUGAUCCACCGCGAUGUUAAGCCUUCAAACAUCCUGCUGGAUGAGCGGGGCCAGAUUAAGCUCUGUGACUUCGGCAUCAGCGGCCGCCUGGUGGACUCCAAGGCCAAAACACGGAGUGCCGGCUGUGCUGCCUACAUGGCGCCUGAGCGCAUUGACCCCCCGGACCCCACCAAGCCUGACUAUGACAUCCGAGCAGAUGUAUGGAGCCUGGGCAUCUCAUUGGUGGAGCUGGCAACUGGACAGUUCCCCUACAAGAAUUGCAAGACGGACUUUGAGGUCCUCACCAAAGUCCUACAGGAAGAGCCCCCACUCCUGCCGGGUCACAUGGGCUUCUCGGGGGACUUUCAGUCCUUCGUCAAAGACUGCCUUACUAAAGAUCACAGGAAGAGACCAAAGUAUAAUAAGCUACUUGAACACAACUUCAUCAAGCGCUAUGAGACGCUCGAGGUAGAUGUGGCAUCCUGGUUCAAGGAUGUCAUGGCGAAGACAGAGUCACCGCGGACUAGUGGAGUCCUGAGCCAACAUCACCUGCCCUUCUUCAGGUAGCCACACGGUGGCUGCCAGCCCCACAGGGGCCAGGGGCAUGGCUAUAGGCCCCCCUUCCCCACUUGGCCACCCAGCUGCCCGCCAGGGGAAACCUGGGUUCUGGACGGCCACUGAGGGCUGAGGACAGAAAGUAGGGGACACCCAUCACCCCUGACUCCCUGCCCACCAGCCGUGGACAGAUGGGCCUACUGGUCCCCAGCCCUCCCCACCCUGGGGUCAGCCGGUGACAGACACUGUGAAUGGAAGACAGCAGGCCGCCAGCAGACUCGCUAUUUAUUCAGUCGAAACCUCUGGGCUGGGCAGUCCCCAGGGGCCAGGAGAGAGCUCCCACAUCUGCACCCCACACUUCCAGCACCUGCCCUCCCUCUCCCUGACAUGUGCUUGCUCUCCAUAUCUCUCUGCCCUGUUCCUCUCUACCCCUCUGUCCCUGUCUGGCUUUCCCCAGUUCCUUCUAGUCCCCUGCUUCUCUCCUGGCUCAAGCCUGGGCUCGGACACCCCACCCCUCUGUGGGAGCUCUGGGUCUACCUAGGCCUCCUUGAGUCCUCACCCCAGGAUGGCGGAGUGGUCAUUGUGACUGCAGCCGGACCAGGACUGGUUUCUCUCUCUCUUUUCUCUUUCUCUCUCUCUCUCUCUUUGAUCUCAGGGGGUCCUUUUUGGAGUUUAUUGUAUUUUAUUGUACUUGGUGGGGUGUUGGGGGGAGGGGGAUGAGGAGAGUGUGUCCUCAUGGGGUGUGUCGGUACCUUCAGAAACUUUUACCAAAGUCAUGUUUAGCUGCUUGUGCUGGGGCCUCCAACUGCUCUCUGGCACUGGGGGGGCUGGGACUGGGGGCUGAGCCAAAGGGGCCUGGGCUACUGCUCCUGGUGGGUCCCAGGCCCAAAGAGGCCAAAUACGGGCUCUGGGGGUUCCUCCACCCUUGAGGCUGGAGGCUGGCCGCAGCUUGGGGGUAACUUGAGAGCUUAGGCAGUGGAGGGAGCCCAAGGGGCCUCGGCCAUGCAGGAUGGCCUUCAGGGAAGGUGGUGAAGGGUGUAGUAGGGAGCAGCGGGCAUCAGGGAGGUGGCUGGAAGGCAGGAGUGGGGCCAGGGAGCUGGGGGAGGGCAGGAGGAAGUCAGGAUUGAGGGCAGAGGGAGCGGAUGUGGAGGUUUGAGGACGUGACAGGGACAGGGAUAGGCUUGGCUGGAGUGUCAGGGGAGAGCAGGCCAGGGUGUGGGAGUGUCGAGCCCCUGAGCAACCCUCAGCUUGCCCGCUGGAGCUGGCCAGCCCCCAGGCCACCUUGAGGCCUGGGAUGGGGAAGGACUGGGCCAGUGUGUCCUGCCCCCAGCCCACUGCAGCAGCCAGAGCAGGAUGGGUGUGUUUCCUUUUUGUUGGUGAUGCAUGCAAAUCAAGUGGACAAGAAAACAAACAAAAAAGAAAAAAAAAUUAAAUCACAAACAUAAACCAACCAACACCAAAGGUGAGGAACCUGGCUGUGCGCAGCUGAAGCAGCAUAGGCCUAGACAGCCGGGCCUCUGACCUGUCUGUUGACUCAUUACACUAUUAUAUUCACACAUGCCGCAUGUUUAAAACGAAAUAGAAGUCACCUUCUCUCUGCCCCCCAGGGAAGGCACCUUCAUCUCCUUUGUGAGGGGAUGGGGGCGCGGGUCAACAGGCCUGGCCCCUGCCUUUUCGGGCAGCUGGGCAGCUGGAAGGGCCCUUGGCUGGUCCCACAGCCAGCACAGGCCUGAGGCUGGGCUGCCUGGGUUUGUUUUUAUUUAACUUUAUUUUCUGUUUUGUGUGUGUCCACCCAUGCCCUCCCUUCAGUGUUGAGUGGGAGCUCCGGGGAGUCGCUCCUGCCUCCCUGCCUCCCAAGACUUCCCCUCCGUCACCAGCCGUCCCUCUGGACCAGAGGACAGUCGGGUGGGCAGGGUCCUGGGGUGGCCUGGCCCAGCCCACCGGCCCAAGAACCCCUUCUCAGGCCACCAGUAUUGCCCUGUUCCUUUUUAAAAUAAAAUGCCCUCGUUUGUAAAUCCUUAGACGCUUGAGAAUAAAACCCUUCCCUUUUCUUCUGA